AUGGGCAGCAUCACCACCACCGCCAGCAACAUCAUCACCACAAAAAGUGACACAAUCGACACCAAAAGCGACAGCAGCAGCUACACCAUCCGCCUCCUCGCCCGCCAAAACCUCAUAACCAACACCUCCGGCCUCGCCCCGGGCUCCCUACAAGCCAACCUCCUCGUCCUCCCCUCCCGCUACGCCCCCGACUUCCACGCCCUCUGCCUCCGCAACCCCGUCCCCUGCCCUCUACUAGGCAUCAUUCCAGCCGGAAACCCGCACACCGUCUCCCCAGCCGCCUGCAUCACCAACCCGGAUUUCGACCUCCGCACCGACUUCCCCCAGUACCGCGUCUACCGCGCGGGCCGCCACAUCGCCAGCACAAAGGACCUGAAGGGUGUAUACACGCCCGACCACGUGGGGUUCCUGCUCGGCUGCUCGUUUAGUUUCGAGGAUGCGCUGUGCGAGGCCGGGUUGGUGCCGCGGCAUCAGAUUACCGGCCGCGUGGUCGCCAUGUAUCGGACCAGGGUGCCGCUUAUGCCUGCUGGGGUGUUCAGCGAGGCGUGCAUGGUUGUCUCGAUGAGGCCGUAUAAGGCUGCUGAUGUGCAGCGGGUGAGGGAGGUGACGAGGCCGUAUGGGGCGACGCAUGGCGAGCCGGUUGCGUGGGGGUGGGACGGGGCGGAGAGGUUGGGGAUUCGUGAUAUUAACGUGCCGGACUGGGGUGAGGCGCAGGUGUUUGAGGAGGGCGAGGUGCCUGUUUUUUGGGCGUGUGGGGUGACGCCGCAGUUGGCGGUUGAGAUGGCGGGCGACAAGAUCGAGGGGCUGGUGUUUGCGCAUGAGCCGGGGAAUAUGUUGAUUACGGACUGGACGGCGGGGGAUCUGGAGGCGUUGAGGGAGAAGGCUGGGAUUGCUAUGCCUAUGUAA